UCCUUUUUCUUAUGCUUCUAUGGUGCUGCAUACAACUACUUUAGUUUGAUCUCGCCUCUUUGAUCAUUCGGUGUUUGCCUUAUAUUUGUCUCUAUUUCCUAUUGGGUGUGCUAGCAACUUUGUGAACGACAAGAAGAGUUCGUAAGUUUCGGUUUUCUUCUUGUUGUUCUUUUAAAAUAUAGAAUACUUACCACAUGGCCGUUUAAAAUAAGAAUUAAGGAACAUUCAUUAGGUCUGUUCAUCAAUUAUAUAUAUUAAACCCUUCAUUCAACUUUGCUUCCAUGAUCCAUCCCCAAUGGCAGACCUAAACUCAGUCAGAGUUAUUGAGGUUUGCAUGGUUGCUCCACAGCCAAGCUCACCAGAAGAUCACUCAGCCACACCUGACGCCCUUCCUCUAACCUUGUUUGAUUUACUCUGGCUCAGAUUUGCACCCGUCCAACGCCUUUUCUUCUAUGAAAUCUCAAGCUCCUUCGAAACCACCACACUCGUUUCAAAACUCAAAGCCUCGCUCUCCAUCGCCCUCCAACACUUCCGACUUCUAGCAGGAAACAUCAAUUGGCCCCAACACUCCCCUAAACCAGUUCUCACUCAUGUCCAAGGGGACGCCGUUUCGCUCACAAUUGCCGAGUCUCAUGCUGAUUUCCACCAUCUUUCAAGUCGUAGCAACUUUGUUGAGGCCAAAGAGUACCAUUCUCUCGUACCCCAAUUGCCAACCUCUCACGAAAAGGCCGCAGCCGUGGCGUUCCAAGUCACCAUCUUUCCCAACGGCAAUGGCUUCUCCAUUGGCACAUCCAUGCACCAUGCCAUCCUGGACGGCAAGUCUUCAACCAUGUUUGUGAAAUCAUGGGCUCACAUUUGCAAACAUCUUGGUGAUGAUCCAUCUGGUUCAGCUCUACCAGAUCAGCUGAAACCAUUUUUUGACAGAAGGGUCGUCCAAGACGCGGCCGGGCUCGAACCAAUCUUCUUGAACCAGCUUCAGAAUCUGGACGGACCCAACAACAGGAGCUUGAUGGUUACCCAGUAUAAAUCUCCACCACCAGACGAGGUUCGCGGCAUCUUUGUAAUCACACGACCAGAAAUAGAAGCAAUGAAGCAAUGGGUUUCGACCAAAAUGGUAGAGAUGAUCAAGAAUGAAAAACAAUCUGAUCGUCCUCAUUUGUCAACAUUUUCUGUAACAUGUGCUUAUACAUGGGUUUGCUUACUCAAGGCUGAGGAAAAACAGACCGAUAAGCCAGUUAUGAUGGGCGUCAGUGUGGACUGCAGGUCUCGCUUUGACCCUCCGAUACCUGCAAACUAUUUUGGGAACUGCGUAGACGGCCGUGUAAUAGUUGCAGAGAGAAAAGGGCUUCUAGGAGAAGAUGGGUUGACCGUGGCGGUCAACGAAAUCAGUGAAGCUAUAAAAAGUGUGGACAGUGAUGGGAUUUUGUAUGGGGCAGAGACUUUGAUUCAAACACUUUACCCUGCAGUGAGCAGUGAAGAGAGAGUUAUGGGUGUUGCUGGUUCACCAAGGUUUGGGAUUUAUGAAACAGAUUUUGGAUGGGGAAAGCCAAGCAAGGUGGAGGUGGUUUCGAUCGAAGAGACAGGAGCCAUGUCCCUGGCAGAGUCUAGGGAUGGUAUUGCUGGAGAUGUUGAGGUUGGUUUGGUUUUGGAAAAACACCAUAUGCAAGCUUUUGCUUCUCUGUUUGCUAAAGGGCUUCAAGACCUUUGAAUCCACGCAUGAAAUUGGUGUUAAUUUGUUGCAUAGUAUUAUGUUGCCCAUA